AUGAUCGGAGAAACUGAGUGGACCGAAUGGUCCGCAGGAGGUGCCCCCGUCCGUCAAAUAUGUUUUGCGCGGACGGUGGAAGAGAAGCCGACAUGGGCCGCCGCUCGCUUUCCUCAAUCAACGAUUGUGUUCAGACCUCUGUAUCGUAGGAAGCCUGUUCCUGUGCAUAUAUACCAGGAUGGUGACCGUGUGGUUCCGAGCCAUACACAAUCCUCGCGCCUUGACGCGAACCCAUUGAUUGAGAUUUCAAACUCCCAGACGGGAGGUUAUGCGCAUGCCGAUGUCACUUUCAAUCCCUGGUAUCAGAAACAAUUGGCGAUUGUCGAUGAGAGAGGAAAUUGGAGCGUCUGGGAAAUGUCCGGCUCAUUACCGUGGCUUGACCCUGGCCACGCUCAGGAUAUCAAUGGCUCUCCACGACAUGAUGGAUGGGCAGUAAUUGAAUGGGUGGGCGAUGUCAACAGCUUCAUUGUGUCCGAUCGACGUUGUCCCAUACUUUAUCGGAUAGAGGGGAAUGAUAUUCUACCUUUUGCGAUAGAGCUUGAGCUGAAGAGGAAAUCAGAAUGGAUUCUGGAUGUCAAGAGAAGUGCUUGCAAUGUGUCACAAGUGUUCAUUCUGACAACAUCGCGAAUGUUUUGGAUUGAUGUUUCCUCCGUUCUUGUCGGAGACUCUCAAAAGGUUGCUUCAAGGCCGUCUCUGUUACCCCUUCUAUCUUGGCGUCAUUUCCGAGAUUCGGAGGAUACGACAUUGCGUUUGUCUUCUCUUGUCGUUUCUGAAGAAUUGUAUCUUGUCUUGUACUCUCGGCUCAAUCACGUGGCAUUGGCUUAUCGAGUUCCAAUUGCAUCGGAUGGAUACAUGGGUCGGACCUCUAUAUCGGACCCAUUCGUUCUAGAGAUCCCUUCCAUUUCUGAAGAGAGCGCAGAAACUCAGGAUUCACCAAAUGCAGCUCAGUUCUCAACUCUGGUUUUCCGAGAAAUUGCACAUGCACCAUCUGCUGGGAGCAAGGAGCAAUAUGACGCUACUGCCAAAAUCAUAAAACUGUUCACAAUCGACUCCCGCCUUGCGGUCCGGGAGUCGAUAUACAUUGGUCCUGCACGUGAGACUGAGGUUAAUGCAGAUGAUCAGCAGUUGGGAAAGGAUGCCUUACGUUUAAGGAAGCGCUAUCCCGGAGUUCGGAGAAAGCAAUCUACUCGCUCGCGGGAUGACUUCGUGGUCGACGAUUGGGAUGAGUCUGUCGUGAGCAGGGAAACGUUCACGGUCGCAGAUACUGGAAUUUCUCACAUAACGCCACUGGCCAGUCCACAAUGGACAACUGAUUAUAGCUCGAUCUACGCCAUUGCGUUCGGGAAGAUAUUUGCGGGGUCAAGUGAAAUCGGCCAAGAACAAGACAAAGGCUUUCAAGAGUCUAUCAAGGAACUGAAGGACAGAAUAGCCUCCACAGACUUGACUCAUCUUCCUAACAGUAAGACCAUGCUAGAAGUCCUUACCGGAAGCCCUCUGCUAGACGAUAUCGAUCAGAAUGCUCAUGACUAUGAUGAAUUUCUUGAUGAAUUUCUGGCUCCAAGCAUGUCGCGCAAUCCCCUGGCAGGCAGUCAACCCGCAGUCUUUUCCCAGCAGUCGUUGGACUUAUUCGGAUCCUCGUCCAAGGUGAAACUGGUCGACAUUUACGAUCGGUUGGUUAAUGACUGGCUUUCAACCCUUCAGCACGACAUACCCGGGCGCACGCGGAUUAUGAAGGAAAGGGUCAUUCGCAAAGUGGCAGCAGAGCUUGCUCUGACGCAGCCCAUUUUACAGCGGAAGCCGCUCAAUGAAGCGGGUAUCUCGCUUUCGACUGAAGACGUUAAUCAUGAAACAAAUGAUGAUUCGUCGCCCUUGCCAGUCAAUCUUCCUUCAUCAUCUCUCGAGGUUGGUAAACGACGCUUAUCCUUACCGAGAGUGAUUUCUAGUGAUCAUGCAUCGGAGCCAGCAGUCAGCAAAAAUACUAUCCAGAACAACUUGUUGGCAGAAGAGCAAGAAGUAUCCAACGGUACAAACGGAGCGGAACCUGUCUACUGUGGACUAGCUUCUACGACAACCUUCCACAUCCAGCGUCCACGAUCUGGAGCUGUGGCAACCUUGCUUUCUCAUUGGCAAGUAGGUAGCGACCCGGCCUUGUAUAGUUGGCAAAGGAUGGCGCAGAUGUUGGAGGAAGAGGAUUUGCAACGUGCCUCUAAAGCCACAACACCGAAACGGCGCCUGCGGAAAAAGGCGUCUCAGAGCACCCCGUUGAAUUCAUCACAGCUGCCUCCCGUGUCUUCCAAUGUCCUUACCACUCGAGAAUGGGGUAGCCAGCCAGAGGUCGGCGAGCCGUCCAGAAUGUUAAGGUUACAAAGUGGUCAAGCUAUCGAGGAGGAUCUACCAAUGACCCAGGUAGAAAGAGGCGCUGUAGAGCGCGUGCUGAAGAAGCUGGAUGGCGUCAAGUCUUUCGAUGUGAGCCUGGACUCGCAGACCGCCCUUGUCACGACAGACCCCACCCUUUCCUACGAGACUGUAUUGGCAACGAUCAAGAAGACAGGGAAGACGGUCAACUCUGGAGAGGCUGAUGGAAAACCCAUGGAUGUUUGA